UUGGAUCCUGCCGCUCCCGCUGCCGCUCCCGCUGCCGCUCCCGCUGCCGCUGCCGCUCCCGCUGCCGCUCCCGCUGCCGCUCCCGCUGCCGCUCCCGCUGCCGCUCCCGCUGCCGCUCCCGCUCCCGCUGUCGCUGCCGCUCCCGCUCCCGCUCCCGCUGUCGCUGCCGCUGCCGCUGCCGCUCCCGCUGCCGCUCCCGCUGCCGCUCCCGCUGCCGCUGCCGCUGCCGCUCCCGCUGCCGCUCCCGCUGCCGCUCCCGCUGCCGCUCCCGCUGCCGCUCCCGCUCCCGCUGUCGCUGCCGCUGCCGCUGCCGCUCCCGCUGCCGCUCCCGCUGCCGCUCCCGCUGCCGCUCCCGCUGUCGCUCCCGCUCCCGCUCCCGCUGUCGCUGCCGCUGCCGCUGCCGCUCCCGCUACCGCUGCCGCUGCCGCUCCCGCUGCCGCUCCGCUGCCCGCAAAAUUCGAGGCCGAGGCCUAA